GCUGCUUUCCGGGCCAAUGUCCAGCUAAUUCAGUGUGCCAUGUCACACGUACCUGGCACACUUGCAUAUGCAACCCCGGUUUCACAAAAAGUUCUUCCUAUUGCACAGUGUGGUUUGGCGGUCACGACAGGGUACCAUUGAGUAAUGAUUGUGAAGCCAAUGACUUCUUCACAGUGCCGCCCAAUUACGGAAUCGCUACGACUCGGGCAAGCUAUACAUACGCGCAGAGUGCCUGCUCUGACCUCGGUCUAGCGCUGCCAUCAGUGACUACUGCACCGCAGUGCCUGCACAAUUUCGUAUACGUCUCGUUGCUGAGCAAUGCGAGCUCGGAAGAGAUGGUUUGGGUCAAACACGAUAACGGCACUUUGAUGCGACGCAGCUCGCAUGGAGACACACAUGUGGCAUCGAUGGACGACACCGCCAAAAUAGUCUGUUACACGGACAGAAGCAAGAAGCGAAUGUUGUCGAAGGUUUGUAAUGGGCGCGACGUUUACAUACCAUGGCUCGGCCCGAAGCCCAGCCACUCCUUAAUGCAUCCCUACCCAGGACAACCCAUUUCGAGUCACCUAUGCCCAGGACUCUUUAUAACGUCUCAUGAUCUUCAAACGGACAACUGUGCUGUUGAAUUUGCAAGGCAGACUAUCUCACUACUUGGCGCCACCGACAAAUUUGUGGCAAGAGCUGCUGGCGGUGGGUAUAGCCUCAACCCAAGAAACCUGGGCGAGGCAAAUGCUUACAUGUGGGGCAAAGUGCUAGUAGUGUGUACAGAACCUGUUGUGUGCAAACCACAGUCAGAUGUCAAUGUUUACUUGGUUGAUGCUUCCCCUCGUCACACAUUGCUAGCUAGUGUACAGGGACCGCGCAAUAUUGAACUGAAUGGAAGGUCCGUUGCAGACUUAUACAAAUGGUUCUACCGGGACACGGGCACAGCUGUUCACGGCUCAAGGCUGAUUUUCAGGAAAAACACCCAUCCCCCAGACUACAAUAUACUCACGGCAUCAGACCUGGAUUACUGGAGUGGCUCAACCCCAGAAGAUGUUGGCAAGCCUCAGGUCAUUGACAUAUACCUUGGUGUCUUGCCAUCGUCUUUGCAUUAUGGGCCACGUAAUGAAAGUCUUUGCAAGGUUACUUUUCGGAUUCUUCGCCGCCGUCUCCCACGGUUAUACUCUCCUCGGCAGCAGUACAAUGCCGCGGCGCAGGGGACUUCCCGGUUGCGAGCUGCCUUGCUGGACAUUGCAGUCAGCUCUCCCGCCACCGGUCUGACUAACAUGUCGAUCUGCGGUGGUGAUGACGCAACCUUACUGCAGUUGCUCUCUGCUACUCGUAUAAGGAGUGGCGACAGGCUGCAGUUUGCGCUGGAUGUUGAUUUUAAUGGAGUCACUGAUCUAUCCUUUGUUGGGAAAGUGGUGCGUAUCGAUCUGUGCUUGGAAGAUAAUGCAUUGAAUAAGAUGGCACACGUUGGAACGCAUGCCUUCACAGCUAAGUUCAAUGCUCAAUCGAAAACAAGUAUUAACAUUCUCAUCACCACCAAGGCUGGUCAGGAAGUUGAUGAACAAUUGUCGUCUGAAUCUGAAUCUGAAGUGGAUGGCGAAAGUGGAGGAAUGGAGCAUGCAGGCAUUGGCCCUACUCACGUCAAUCACUUCUUGACAACCUUGGACGUCCCUGCCAUUGACCCCAAGCUACUUCGCCGUCAAGAGAGAUUUAUCGGGCCUGUUGUUGAGAAGGUAGCGCAAGAGAGUUGCGAGACGGCAGCAGCCGAAGAGUCGCAGAUCGCUGGAGAUGACGGCAUAACGUUGAGUUUCGAUUGUGGUUGGCAGAAGUGA